UGUGUCCAAUCCAGAGUUCUCUUUGACCUCACGGAGACCUCUCCACUCCGCAGGACUCUCCCUGACAUACAUGACUGUCCCGGCCCCUGCCAGUGCCAGGCCCACCCCCCGUGUGAGACGUUCUACAUUCUGGUCGCUGCGGACCAUCCCUGACAUCCAGAUUGCCUUUUCCUGAGAAUCUUCGAGCCUGGAUGAAUGUGCGUGUUCCUCUUUGCAGCCUCAGAUCCAGUACAGUGUUGGGCCAGUUCAAAGGUUCCGGGAGAGCUGGUUAGCCACUCUCGGGACAGUAUGCAUUGACUUCAGGUGUGGUCCCGACUCAAGAGCUGAGGAAAGGGCAGAGGUGCCUGAAUGUGGUGCUGAACCAGUACAGCCAGCUGUGAGGGGCUCAUUUCCUGGACCCCGGAAGUGAGAGUAUUCUUACAAGGCCUGAAUUUCCUGCUGCUGUUCACAAAGAUGCUGUUUAUCUUUAACUUCUUGUUUUCCCCACUUCCAACCCCGGCACUGAUCUGUAUCCUGACCUUUGGAGCUGCCAUCUUCCUGUGGCUGAUUAACAGACCUCAGCCCAUGUUGCCUCUUGUUGAUCUGAGCAAGCAGUCAGUGGGACUCGAGGGAGGAGCACGGAAAGGUCCUUGCCAGAAGGGCAAUGACCUAACACGUUACUACUUCUCAGAUGCCAAGACUAUGUAUGAAGUUUUCCAAAGAGGACUUGCUGUGUCUGACAAUGGACCUUGCUUGGGAUAUAGAAAACCAAACCAGCCCUACAGAUGGCUGUCCUACAAACAGGUGUCUGAUCGAGCAGAGUACCUGGGCUCCUGUGUCUUGCAUAAAGAACAUAAACCACCACAAGAGCACUUUGUUGGCAUCUUUGCUCAGAAUAGGCCAGAGUGGGUCAUCUCUGAAUUUGCUUGUUACACAUACUCCAUGAUAGCUGUCCCCCUGUAUGACACCUUGGGAGAAGAUGCCGUCAUAUACAUUGUCAACAAGGCUGAUAUCACCACGGUGAUCUGUGAUACGCCCCAAAAGGCAUUGGUCCUGAUUAAGAAUGUGGAAAAGGGACUCACCCCGGGCCUGAAACGUAUCAUCCUCAUGGAUCCCUUUGAGGAUGACCUGAAGAAGAGGGGGGAGAAAUGUGGACUUGAGAUCUUAUCCCUGUUUGAUGCUGAGAAUAUAGGCAAAGAGAACUUCAGAAAACCCAUGCCUCCUGCACCAGAAGACCUGAGCAUCAUCUGCUUCACCAGUGGGACCACAGGUGACCCCAAAGGAGCCAUGUUAACCCAUGAAAAUAUCAUUUCAAAUGCUGCUGCUGUUCUCAAACAUAUAGAGUAUACUUUUGAGCUCAACCCUGAGGACGUGACCAUAUCCUACCUCCCCUUGGCUCAUAUGUUUGAGAGGAUUGUACAGGCUAUUGUGUAUUCUUGUGGAGCCAGAGUUGGAUUCUUCCAAGGAGAUAUUCGGCUGCUGCCUGAUGACAUGAAGACCCUGAAGCCCACAAUCUUUCCCACGGUGCCUCGACUCGUUAACAGGGUCUAUGAUAAGGUACACAAUGAAGCCAAGACACCCUUGAAGAAGUUCUUGUUGAACUUGGCUGUUGCCUGUAAAUUCAGUGAAGUGAAAAAGGGUAUCAUCAGACGCAACAGUCUCUGGGACAAGCUCAUCUUUGCAAAGAUCCAGGAAAGCCUGGGCGGGAAGGUUCGUUUCAUGGUCACCGGAGCUGCCCCCAUCUCCUCUCCUGUCUUGUUGUUCCUCCGGGCAGCAAUGGGAUGUCCGGUGUUAGAAGCUUAUGGUCAAACAGAAUGCACUGCUGGCUGUACAAUUACAUCACUUGGGGAUUGGAAAUCAGGCCACGUUGGAGUCCCCCUAGCUUGCAAUCAUGUGAAGCUGGAAGAUGUGGCUGAUAUGAACUACUUUGCAGUGAACAAUGAAGGAGAGAUCUGCAUCAGGGGCACCAAUGUGUUCAAGGGGUACCUGAAGGACCAGGAGAAGACAGAUGAAGCCUUGGACAAGGACGGCUGGCUGCACACAGGAGAUAUUGGUCGCUGGCUCCCGAAUGGAACUCUGAAGGUCAUUGACCGAAAAAAGAACAUUUUCAAGCUGGCCCAAGGAGAAUACAUUGCUCCAGAGAAGAUAGAAAACAUCUACAUCAGGAGUAGCCUGGUUUCACAAAUUUUUGUACAUGGGGAAAGCUUACGGUCAAUCCUAGUGGGAGUGGUGAUUCCUGACCCUGAUGUGCUUCCCUCAUUUGCAGCCAAACUCGGGGUGAAGGGUUCUUUUGAAGAACUGUGCCAAAACCAAGUUAUAAAGAAAGAAAUUUUAAAAGACUUGCAGCAAAUUGGGAUGGCAGGUGGCCUUAAAUCCUUUGAACAGGUCAAAUGCAUCUACCUUCACUCAGAGCCAUUUUCCACUGAAAACGGGCUCUUGACACCAACCUUGAAAGCAAAGCGGGGAGAGCUUGCCAAGUACUUUCGGACUCAAAUCAACAGUCUGUAUGAGAAUAUCCAGGAGUAGGUUAAGUUUGCUGCUGAGCUGGAAGCUGUAGGGGAAGGAGCUGAAACUCAUGUCAAGUGCACUUUUCCAGUAAACAAAGCAAAGCACUGAGUAACAACCUCCUGAACUGGGAAUAAAGACCUGUGCGCCAGCAUGAAGCCUGCACGACAGGUUUAUCUUCUGGGAAGGACCCGACUGAUCUUUCCUCCCCGACUCUAGUUCCUGCUGUACCUCACCACCCUUCAACACGUGCUGCUUCCACUUGUAAAUGUAAAGUGUUCAGAAUAAACUCUUG